AAUGGAUCCAGCUUUAAUAGAAAAAGCUUUAGAAAAAAAAUGUAAAAAUCAUUGUUGGCUAGUAUGGAUACUAUUUCUAACGGCAACUCCUACAAUUGUUAUUGGGUCCCAUUUAGCUUCAUACGUAUUUCUCGGAGGAAAUCCUUCUUUCUACUGCAAUAUCCCUGAGCUAGUUGAAGCGAACUGGACCAAGGAACAAAUAAGGAAGAUCAGUAGUCCAGGAUUGGAAAAACAAAGUUGUGUUCAUUUUGCCUGGAAUUAUUCUUUAUUGAAGGAUUUAGACUUCCAUGAAGCUCUUAGAUAUUCCAAUGAAAGUCAAAAACCAGAUGUAUUGAAAUGUAAAAGUUAUAUUUAUGACGAAGAUUCAUUUCAUCAGACAAUAGUCAGUGAGUGGGAUCUAGUUUGCGAUGACUUGCCUCUCAGAUCAACUGCUCAGGGCAGUGUUGCAGUUGGAAAAAUUAUUGGGGCUUUGUUCUUCGGCAUCCUUAGCGACAGGUAUGGAAGAAAGAAGGCGUUCAUAGUGGCAUCUAUAAUAUUUCUGAUAUCUGGCCCAUCUGCUGCUCUUGUGCAUAGCUAUAUAUUGUUUAUAACAUGUCGACUGAUGAUAGGUAUCGCUGCAUCUGGGAUCUAUGAAACUGCUUAUACAAUUUUACUGGAACUUACAGUUAAGAAGUAUAGAGUAUUUUUAGCGAACAUAUACAAUUUAGCCUUUUCAUGUGGAAUUGUGCAACUCUCGCUAUGUGCAUAUCUGACCAACAAUUGGAGGCAACUGCAAUUAGCAAUCUCUCUUCCAAUGCUUGCGCUGUUCAUCCAUUGCUGGUUCUUGCCAGAAUCACCACGAUGGUUGAUAACUGCAGGAAAACUAGAAAAGGCAUCUAAUAUCAUAGGAAGUAUGUGGCAUCUAGUUCCUAAUGACCCCCAAAAAUCUCCUGAUUUAGUUAUGAAGCGCCCGUCUGAUUCAAGCUGCAAAAAUGUAUUUCUUUUUUUAAAUGACUACUUCAAACUUUUCUCAACACAUGAACUUACCAAAAGAACUUUAAUAUGCAAUUACUUGUGGUUUAUGGCAAAUUUGUAUUAUUUCGUAAUAACUUUUGGUGGAAUAAACUUUGAAGUCAAUCAGCAUCUCUAUGUGGGAUUGACUGGGAUUGUAGAAGUCCCUGGCUAUUUGCUUCCUCUCCUCUUUCUUAAUUACUUUGGUAGGAAGAAUUCUUCAAUAGCAUUAUGCACAGUAGCUGGAAUCGCUAUGUUAACAAUAACAGUUUUACCACAGGGUUGGCCAAUUAUAUGUGUAUCUCUUAUCGGAAGGCUUGUGGCAGCAUCUGCAUAUGGUAUAAUCAUGUUUAAUACCAUAGAACUGUUUCCGACAGAAAAUCGUAACACUGCUAUGGGUAGCUGCCUUACCAUGGCACAAUUUGGCCCUCUGCUGGCACCAUAUUUAGUAGACAUAGUGGGAAGGAAGGUUUGGUGGCUUCCCACUGCUAUCACUGGUUCUCUUGCCCUCCUAGGUGCAUUCUUGUUGAUGUUUGUACCAGAAACUAAAGACACGCCAAUGUUGGAUACGAUAUGUGAGAUGAAAGAACUUGAAAGAAAGGCUAAAAGCAAAAGUCAUGAAGAAACCAGUUGA